AUGGUCAAAUACGCUCUUUUGCUCUGCACGGCAGUCGCAGUGACGGCCGUUGCAAUCCCAGCGCCCUUGAGGCCCAUUGCGGAAGUGAUGAAGAGAGGAGAGGACACUGCUGUUGAGUACUGGGACAAGCGAAGCGAGGAUACCGCCGUUGAGUAUUGGGAUAAGACCAAGAGAGCUGAGGAUACCGCGGUCGAGUACUGGGACAAGCGAAGCGAGGACACCGCCGUCGAGUACUGGGACAAGGCCAAACGAGGCGAGGACACUGCUGUCGAAUACUGGGACAAGGUCAAGCGCGGUGAGGACACUGCCGUCGAGUACUGGGACAAAGUCAAGCGUGGCGAGAACACUGCUGUAGAGUACUGGGACCGCAAGGCCAAACGUGGCGAAGAUACUGCUGUUGACCUCGUCACAAGAUACUGGGACCGCAAGGCCAAGCGUGGCGAAGACACUGCUGUCGAAUACUGGGACCGCAAGGCCAAAGCUAGACGCGGUGAGGACACUGCCGUCGAGUACUGGGACAAGCGCUCCCCCGACAGCGACACCGCUGUCGAAUAUUGGGACAAGAGAUCUCCUGACAGCAACACUGCUGUUGAAUACUGGGACAAACGAUCCCCUGAGAGCGACACCGCCGUUGAAUAUUGGGACAAGCGGUCUCCCGACAGCAACACCGCCGUCGAGUACUGGGACAAGAAGAUGGCCAAGCGCGACACCGACACCGCCGUCGAGUACUGGGACUAG